UAGACUCCAAGCUGUGAUGUGAUUGGAUCAACAGCCUGGCUUUAAGGGUUUUUAUAUCCAGACACAGCAGUGCCACUCUGUCCCAUGUCUCAAAGAGGCUCGGUACAGUAACUCACUGGACUCCAGGGAUAAAAGAUCUGUUCUAACCAGGAAGCAGGAAUAAUGAGGCACAGUGUGGUAUUUCUGUUGCUGCUCCUCUUAGGGGCGGGUUCAGCUUACAACUAUAAAAAUCUGGCCUUGCGAGGAAAAGCGACUCAGUCGGCACGUUAUGUGCACACAUUUGGAGCUGCCUACAGCGCUAUUGAUGGAAACCGUGACCCUGUCUUCGAUGCUGGAUCGUGCACCCACAGUGCUGAACAGACCAACCCCUGGUGGAGAGUUGACCUGCUGGAGCCCUACAUCGUCACCUCCAUCAUCAUCACCAACAGAGAAGACUGCUGUGCAGACAGGCUCGACGGGGCAGAGAUUCACAUCGGAAACUCUUUACUAGACGGUGGUGCUGCAAACCCAAGGGUUGGUGUAAUUUCUCAUAUCCCUGCAGGGAUCUCACAUACUUUCAGUUUCACUGAACGUCUGGAGGGACGUUACGUGACUGUGCUUAUACCUGGUACAAACAAGUUUCUUACACUCUGUGAAGUGGAGGUUUAUGGGUACCGAGCCCCAACUGGAGAGAACCUGGCCCUCCAAGGAAAAGCCACACAGUCUUCAUUGUAUGAAUUUGGUAUUGCCUAUAAUGCCAUUGACGGGAAUCAAGCCAACAAUUGGAUAAAGGCCUCCUGCAGUCACACAAACAAGGAGAUGAACCCCUGGUGGCGACUGGAUCUGCGCAAAACCCACAGAGUGUUUUCUGUUAAGGUAACCAACCGAGAUUCAUAUGAACAACGAAUCAAUGGAGCCGAGAUCCGAAUUGGAGAUUCCCUCGACAACAACGGCAACAACAAUCACAGGUGUGCUGUGAUCACAAGCAUCCCAGCAAGUGCUACUACUGAAUUCCAGUGUAAUGGGAUGGAUGGCCGCUAUGUUAACAUUGUUAUCCCUGGAAAAGAAGAGUACCUGACCCUGUGUGAGGUGGAGGUGUAUGGCUCUGUCCUGGAUUAGGUGUCAAUACUAAUACUGUUGAAUGUACGCAAACAAAACAAAAUAGUAGAUUAAGCUAAAAUUUGUUUCCAUUCAAAAUAAGACUUAUCCAAUAAAAUUACAUCACGAAAUGCAUACUCAUUCAUUUUAUUGAGACCUGUAGGGAAUGGAAGCCCUCUGUGAUUUAGGAAGUCUGCGGAAAAAUAAUAGUCCAAGGGCUCCCAACACUGUGUUAAUGUAAUGGUGUCAGUCAAUUCAGUGGAAUUAUUAAACUUUAUUUUUGCUGUUAGUA